AUCAACAGAGGGCGGGCUGUAUUUUUUUAAGUUAAAUAGAUCUGGAAUACGUAAACGAAAUGGAAUUCCACAUUCGGUCUUGUGUUGUGCCGAUAAUGGCAUUGUUUUUCGUCCUGGUUUUAAUGAGCCUGUGUACACUUGAGACAGAUGCAUCUGUUUCGGAAACAUGGGAGAAUUUGAAGAAUUCUGACGCCGUGCAACAAGCACAAAAGGAAUGGUCUCGUGCAAGCGCUAAAACACAAAGUUUCAUCAAUAAGGCAUCGAGUGGAAAGCUUACAGAUGACAUCACCACUUACAUCGACAAUACCUUGAUGAAGCUGUUUAGUAUCAGAGUAAGUGAACUACAGAAGACGUUGAAGAAAGCCCAGCAGACCUGGCUGGGCCCCGCCCUCAUGGGUCUCUGGGUUGUCCUGGGUUACGUCACUCUCAAGUUGACCUCAGUGACCUCCUGUCUGGUUGUCAUGUCAACCACGCUCCUGCUUCACUCCAUCUACGGCUCCGUGGUUGUCUUCACUCAGGUUGUCGUUUUUAUUGGCUUGUGCAUGUACGUCACCAACCUGAUAGCCAACAACCUGGUUUUGUCCAUCGUCACCAUCCUCACCUUCUACGUAUCCUACUCCAUCUUUGGCGUGUGCCGACGGGGAACGCCCUCCUCACAGAGCGUGCUCUAUGACCUGGAGGACCGGGUCAUGGACCUGAGCCAGCGGACGGCCGGCAUGGAGAGCAAGAUGGAAGGCCUGGAGCAGAAGAUCGACCUGCUGCUGGAAGGCCGAGAAUGAUACGUGUCAUCCAAGAUUAACGACUAAGUUAUUCCACCAAAAAAAAA